GGUCUGUGGGAAUUCUGGAGGAGGGAGGGGAGUGAAGUGCAGUGAGAGGAGGGGGGGAUAUCUGCUCAACUAGCGCCCAUCAGGCUAACGGUAGGUAGCACUGGAGUAAACAUGGAGCUGUCUGCCGUCGGGGAGAGGGUAUUCGCGGCCGAGUCUAUCAUCAAGCGGAGGAUAAGGAAGGGUCGGAUUGAGUACCUGGUGAAAUGGAAGGGAUGGUCGCCCAAAUACAGCACUUGGGAGCCAGAGGAGAACAUUUUGGACUCCCGUUUGUUUGCCGCUUUCGAACAGAGAGAGCGUGAACGAGAGCUGUAUGGUCCCAAAAAGAGGGGACCGAAACCAAAGACGUUUCUACUUAAGGCGCAGGCUAAAGGUAAAACCAAGUCUUACGAGUUCAGGAGCGAAGCAGUCCGAGGGAUGCACAUUACGUACCCUACCCCCGAGCCGGUCUUCACCCCCAGGGCUAGAGAAGGCCUGAGGGCUGUCGUUCCCACCAUCUUCCCGCCGAGUGCUGUCAACCGUGGAGAAAGCAUGCGCGUGCGACCUUCUGAACUGAGUCUCCACGGGUACCAGCGAUCUUCCCUUCAACUAACUGACUCGGACGGCACCGUCCAAGCACCCAAAAAAAGGGGGCCGAAGCCAAAGCCCCGCUUUGUAGACGACGACUUCAGCCCAGUCGUCUCCGAGCCACACAAGAGAAGAGCGGACGAGGAGGAGGAGGAGGAGGAAGAGCAGGAGGAGGAGGAAGAGGAAGAGGAAGAGGAGAGACAUGGUCCUCACAAACUGUCCAAGUUCCAGGGAGAUCAGGAGAGGAGGUUGCAGAAGCUGGUCCACAGACACUCGGAGAGCCACAAAUACCACCAGCACCACCACUAUUAUCAUCCUCAUCCUCAUCAUCACCACACACAGAAAGUCUCCCGCGGGAGUUCCCACGAGCAGCUCCACUCUCACCGCAGCAUGGAGCCACACAGGACUACAGACGGCUCCAGCUACCUGGUGGCGGCGCACUUGAGGCACCACCACAAAGUGAGCCGGAGCCAACCCACCGAGUUCCCGCCGAUGGAGAAGCCUUACUUUCUGGACAGGCAGUCUCCGACCAGGUUCGAUGACAGCCAGGACCAGACGGCCUGGAGGCCGCGCCUCAGCAACGUGGAGAAGGUGCUGGUGACGGACGUGACCGCCAACUUCCUGACUGUCACCAUUAAGGAGAGCAGCACCUCCAAGGGCUUCUUCAAGGACAAGAGAUGAUUCUGGAAGUUUAUGGGAUAUUUAAGCAAAGCUGUUUUUGUAUGUAAUGUAUAAAGGAGUAUUACAUAAUAAUGAUUAUAUAUAUAUAUGUGUGUAAAGAGAGAGAGAGAGAAAAAAAAAGGUUUGGCAUAUAUUUAAUGUUUUGACCAAAUGAAGUCCGUUAUACCGGAGGUGUUGGUGAAUGUGACGUUUCCUUUGCAGCAGAAUGCUGCUUUCUGUACAGAGCUCCUAAAUUUCACUAUUUUUCCAUUUGAAACCGGCUAGAAUGUAUUUUUUCCUCCUCAUAUCUUCCAAGCUGAGUUCAAAACUAAACAAUACCCAUGUCCUAUAUUUAAUCUAUUAUUUGAACUGGUUAUCCCAACAGUAUAUCUGAAAAAAAAAAAACUGGAGCACUUUGAAUACAGUAGUAUUAAAAAAUUGUUUUGUUGUUCUAAAGAGUUUUGUAAUGUCUUGUAUUUUUAAUUUUUUUUAUUAAGCCUAAUUUUUUUGUCCUUCAAGGUGCAUUUAUCAAUUUCUUUUCUGAAGAAUAUACAUCAUUUUACAUUUUUCAUAGAUAUGUUUGUAACAGAAAGUUGUCAGAUUGCUUUUUAGAUGCUUUUCAAUAAAUCAGUUGAGUUUCUGAUAUC